AUCAGCACUCUGAUACAUGUUUCUUCAUCACCUGGAACAUUUCCUCUUCAUGGCCAGCCUGUGUUUGAUCAACGGACGUCAUUACUCAGAGACUACUUCUCAUUUCUCCUCUUUUUAGGCGUGCAAACAGUAGAGAGUGGACAGCAGCAGAGUGACAGAUCAGCAGAAAGAAGAAAGGAAAAACAGAUUGAAGAGACAGAACACCGUCCUGAAGAGCCAUGGAACUAUCACUGGCUCACCCAGCGAUCAAAGCCUUCAUGUGCGGCUCCGUCAGCGGGACGUGCUCCACGCUGCUCUUCCAGCCUCUCGACCUGGUCAAGACCCGUCUGCAGACUUUGCAGAGCGGCAUGCAGCCUGGCUCGGGCCGAGUGGGGAUGAUGACUGUGGUCCUGAGCGUGGUGCGAACAGAGAGGCUGCUGGGACUGUGGAAAGGAGUUUCACCGUCCUUUGCUCGGACCAUCCCCGGCGUCGGGCUCUACUUCAGCUCCUACUACUCCCUGAAGCAGCACUUCCUGCAGGACCGCAGCCCCGGGGCCGCGGAGGCCGUGCUGCUGGGAGGCUCGGCCCGGACGGUGGCGGGCGUCUUCAUGCUGCCGGUCACUGUCAUCAAGACACGCUUUGAAUGUGGCAGGUACAGUUAUGGGAGUGUGACCGGUGCUCUGCGCAGCGUGUGUCGGACCGAAGGUCCCGCUGCUCUCUUCUCCGGCCUGAUGGCCACUCUGCUCAGAGACGUUCCUUUCUCCGGUAUCUACGUCAUGUUGUACAGCCAGGCCAAGGCCUCGCUGCCAAAAGAAGUCCGCUCGUCUGCGUCUGCCCCGCUGGCUAACUUCAGCUGUGGGGUCGUGGCGGGCGUGUUGGCGUCCCUGAUCACGCAGCCGGCUGAUGUGGUUAAAACACACGUCCAAGUCAAUCCACAGCUGAGGACGGCGGUGGCGAUCCGAUACAUCUACAAGGAACACAGGCUGCGGGGUUUCUUCAGAGGGGCGGUGCCCCGGGCUCUGAGGAGGACCCUGAUGGCCGCCAUGGCGUGGACAGUGUACGAGCAGAUGAUGACCAGUAUAGGACUGAAGUCCUGAAGAGAAAAAGGUUGACGAGAAGCUUGUGAAAGAGGAAAAAAAAGAGCUGAAGGUUAACAGGAAGGAACGGCUACAGCUGAGAUACGCCUGAGAGUUCAAGACUUUGAAUGACUUGUAAUAUUUCGCCGGGUGAAUGAAGCCGCUUGGUGUCUGAAUGACUAACAUGCACAUUACGGGAGAGAUGUGGAGACUUUGCUUCAUGAAAACUUGCUUCGCUGGCUGACGCUGGAACCAGACUUUUGGCCAGUGCUUCGUUCCUCUGGAGAACAUAUUUUAAAGUGCUCAUAUUAUGCUUUUUGGCUUUUCCCUUUCCUUUAUCGUGUUAUAUAUCUUUUUUGUGCAUGUUAUAGGUUUACAAAGU